CUCCUCCCAUUGAAAGGAGCAACAAUCACGCGCCUCCGCGUCCCCUCACGGCGGCGCGUGACCCUGACGCGCUCCAGUUGCGCAGGUCACAUCCAGAUGUGCGUCUUGCUCUGAACCAAUCAGGUGCGGAGGGGGGGUGAGGGUGAGGAUGAUGAUGGAGCGCGGCCCCCGCACGCAGGGAGUCUCAUCGUGAAGAGGAGGUGCGCGUUCCUGAAGAGAUCCCGCCUCGUGCUCCCGGAUCAGAGCUUUCUGUGGGAUCAGUUCGGUUCUGGUUCGGUUUGCUGGUUUUUCUGCGGUACCUCAGCGCGCACGCGCUCAGCGCACCUCUGUCAGCAGGUGAUGAAGGGAGCGCGCGCGGUGACGCGGCCAGAGUCUGAACGGAGGCGCUGAGGCGGACCGGACCGAACCGAACCGGACACAGCGGUGUUCGGGUUGGGAGGAGUCGACCCGGUUCGGCGGAUCCAGGGAGGGAUUCUCCUGGUUUGGAUCGGAACCAGGUUUAAGGCGGCGCCCGUAAAGGACAUGAGGCAGCAGAGGGAGUCGUCCUCCAUCGGGCAGAGCGCGGCUGGAUGGCAGCAGGAACGGCCGUCCCACAGCUGAGGAAGGAAGCUCUGAACCUCGGAUCGGUCAGUCAGAGGUUGUCAUGGUAACACGUCCUCCUCUGCCUCCUUGUUAGAGACUGAGGGGACCCUGGUGAGGCUGCAGAGAGGCCCCAGACCACAGAGACUCAGACCGCCGCAGCCCCCAUGCAGGCGCGUAAGAAGUAUGUCCUGCUGGGCCUUUGUGCGUGCUCCUGGCUUGUCCUCUUAUACUGCGGCGGAGGAGUCCAACUACGUGUGCUGCGCCUGAUAACACGCCACCGCACGGAAGUCCUGCACCCUUGGCCCAACUGGACCGACCGGGCCUUCCUGCCCCGCUACGCCCAUCUGGACGAACUCCAGACCGACCCAGGGACCGCCGAGUCACCAAGACAGCGUCGACAAGCAUGGUCCACCAUCUACAGAGACAGCCGCUGCCGCAUGGAGACCUGCUUCGACUUUUCUCGGUGCCGGCGCCGGGGACGGGAGGGGUUCAGGGUCUACAUCUACCCAUCAGAGAAAGGUGAGCGCGUGUCGGAGAGCUACAGAAAGAUCCUGGCCUCCAUCUCUGAGUCCCGCUACUACACGUCAGACCCUCGAGAGGCAUGUCUGUUUGUGCUAGGCAUAGACACAUUGGACCGGGACCAGCUGUCAGGACAGUUUGUCCCCAACAUGGACGAACGCAUCCGCAGUUACCCUUCAUGGAACGAUGGGCGGAACCACCUGAUCUUCAACCUGUAUUCGGGCACCUGGCCCAACUACACGGAGGACCUGGGCUUCAACGUGGGCCAGGCCAUCUUAGCCAAAGCUAGCCUGAACACGGAAUACUUCCGGCCCGGUUUCGACGUGUCCAUCCCGCUUUUCUCCAAGGAUCACCCUCAGAAGGGGGGGGGACGGGGCUGGCUCCUGAGGAAUACCACGCCGCCGCGGAGAAAGUACCUGCUGAUGUUCAAGGGGAAGCGAUACCUGACUGGCAUCGGCUCCGACACCCGGAACGCUCUUCAUCACAUCCACAACGGGAAGGACAUUGUUUCCAUGACGACCUGCCGCCACGGGAAGGACUGGGAGAAGCACAAGGACGCUCGGUGUGACCAUGACAACCUGGAAUAUGAGAGGUUUGAUUACCAGGAGCUCCUCCAUAACUCCACCUUCUGCCUGGUUCCUCGCGGUCGACGGCUGGGCUCCUUCCGCUUCCUGGAGUCUCUGCAGGCGGCGUGCAUCCCUGUCCUGCUGAGUAACGGCUGGGAGCUGCCCUUCUCUGAUGUCAUCCAGUGGAACCAGGCCGUCGUGGAGGGAGACGAGAGGUUACUGCUGCAGGUGCCAUCCACGGUGCGGGCGGUACCAAACCAGCGGGUCCUGGAGCUCCGUCAGAGGACACAGAUGUUAUGGGACGCCUACUUUUCCUCUGUGGACAAGAUUGUCCUCACCACACUGGAGAUCAUCAAGGACCGGAUCUUCUCUCACAUCUCCAGGAACAAGUACAUGUGGAACUCGCUGCCAGGAGGUCUGCUGGUUCUGCCAGAGUUCUCCACCCACCUGGCCCACUUCCCCUUCUACCACCUGGGCCUCGGGAUCAGUUCUGGUCACGAGUUCACCGCCGUCAUCCACGCCGUCUCGCCAUUGGUCUCCCAGUCACAGCCAAUCAUGAAGCUGCUUCAGGUCGUCUCCAAGUCCAAGUACUGCUCACAGAUCAUCAUCCUGUGGAACUGCGAGAAGCCCCCCCCCAGCCGCAGCAAGUGGCCCCCCAUGCCCGUCCCUCUCAUCGUGACGGAGGGCAGGAGGAAGACCACCAGCCGCUUCCUGCCUCACGUCGCCAUAGAGACGGAGGCGGUGCUUAGCCUGGACGAGGACACGGUGCUGCUGACCAGCGAGGUGAACUUCGCCUUCCUGGUGUGGAGGAGCUUCCCGGACCGGAUCGUGGGCUAUCCUCCCCGGAGCCACUUCUGGGACCCGCUGAAGCAGGCCUGGGGCUACACCUCCAAAUGGACCAACGAGUACUCCAUGGUCCUGACGGGCGCCGCCUUCUACCACAGGUACUACAACUUCCUGUUCUCCCACUUCCUGCCGCAGUCGCUGCGGGCGCUGGUAGACCGAACCGCCAACUGCGAGGACAUCCUGAUGAACUUCCUGGUGUCUGCCGCCACCCACCUACCGCCAGUCAAGGUGGCCCAAAGGAAGCAGUACAAGGAGGUUCUGCCCCCACAGGGCGUGAACAGCGCCCCCUGGGCCCACCCGGAGCACUUCGCCCAGCGGCAGGACUGCGUCAACGCCUUCGCCAGCUGGUUCGGCUACAUGCCGCUAGUCCACUCCCAGCUGCGCCUCGACCCGGUUCUCUUCAAGGACCAGGUGUCCGUCUUCCGGAAGCGGUACAAAGACCUGGAGCGGGCGUAGCGCCAGGAGCCGCCACAGGGGGGACCUCUCUGGCCCGAUCCCCUGGUUCUGGAUGCUUCUGGCAGGACCGGGUCUCAGAGGGAAAUGGACUCCAAAGGACAGUGUCACCGCUGCAGAAAGAACGCCUGAGGAACCGUCACUGGUUCUGUUGGUAGAACCCAACCAGAACCGCUGAUCUUAAACAGAUUGUUUCAGUAAAAUAUGUCAAAACAAUAAAGAGGUUCCUGAUCGGCCCGGCGAUCCAA